AGGAUGGUGCCAAGGCGAAGGUGGCACGGCAGCCCGGGGGGUCUGGCUGGAAGAAGCCGGGGUGGCAGCAGCAGCAGCAGCAGCAGCUGGCACCUGCCUGGCACCAUGUGGCUGCUCGGGGUCUCUUGGGUGGCGCAGCUGGUCGCGGCUGCAAGCGGCUUGGUGGACCAGGAGCAGCUGUGCCCGAAGCCGGCUGUGUCUCCCAAUACGAUUCUGGUUCAGCCAGGGAUGAACGUCACCCUGCCCUGCCUGGAGGGGGAGCUAGAGAACAUCACUCAGGUGCACUGGAUGUUCAAUGGAAGGAACCUGAGCGCAUCCACCGGCAGGCAGGUGAUCCCCGGACCCAGCCUCUUCCUGCCGUCGGUGUAUUUCAGUGACUCCGGCCGCUACGCUUGCUACACCGACAGCCGCCGACUCCUUUGCUCCCUGCGCCUGAUGGUAGAAGAACCGCCAGAGGCGCCAAACUUCACCUGCUUCCGAAAGAGCUUAGCCAAGGACAUUUUCUGUGAGUGGAAGACGUCUCGUGGGAUGUCCACCCACACGAAAGCCAGGAUGUGGGUGCAGAAAAAUUUCGUCGGGGUGAACCGCGUCGAGCAGCCCUGCCGCUAUUACACCAAGUCCCGGAAGUUCUCUUGCCGCAUCGAAGGAAUCGCUGACGACGUGCACAUCCUGAAGGUGUCCGUCUGCAUCUUCAACCUGGCGGGAGCCCUGAGCAGCCACAGUUUCAUCAGCACCGAAAAUCUGUUGAAGCCAGACCCACCAGUCGACGUGGAGGUGAGGAACGUGGAGCUGCACCCCUGCAAACUGUUUGUGACCUGGCGCAAACCCCCCUCUUGGGGUUCCUCCUUCUUCCGCCUGCAGUUCGAGAUCCGCUACCGGGUGGAAGCCUCAGCUGCGUACAACAAGAUUCACCUUCAGGAUGAAUACACUACCUACACCAUCUCUGACGUGAUGCCAGGUGUCCGCCAUGUCGUCCAGGUGCGGGCCAGGGAAGAAUUCAACCAAGGGAUCUGGAGCGAAUGGAGCCGGGAGAGCUUUGGAGUGCCCUGGACAGAAACCAAGGACCGUGACCCAGAAACCACGCUAGUCCCCUCAGAGGUUGAUCCUUUUGCCAGCACCGUUAAGCCUCCUAAGUGCACUUCUGAGCUCCCUGUUGUCAUGAGCAAGCCGACAGUGGAAAAUGCUGCCUCUACGCCUCUGUACUUGUUCCUCAUCAUGGCUGUAAGCGUGACUGGAAUUGUUGGCAUCUUGGUCGUUGGAGUCAUUCUCCGGUAUGGGAAAAAAUGGGGGACGUCACCUUGCGGAGAAGAGAAACCCAGCACCGCCCCACCACGCUCCCUGACCCUCAUGGCUCCUGAGCCUCCUCUGAGUUCAUCUCCUCUCCUCUCCCCUCCCGCCUCGCCCUUCAGCGAAAGCUCUGUCGACACCCCGAGCAUCCCAGAGAACAGCCCCUACGAUGUUUCAAACGCGGACUAUUUCCUGAUGCCGUAGUAGCCAACAGACGGCGGAUUUAGGGAGGUUAUUUGGUGCUGCAGCGUCCCCGCAUGUGGGCACCGUACGUACCCUGAAGGAUGUGGAGCGUCAGGAACACAGCCAAGGCGCCUGGGACAUCGUUGAGAGUCCCUUGGGUCGUACCAACAUCAGGUAGCGCUGACGUCAACACCCACGCUGCUGAGAUGUAGGGAAGGUGUCUGCUCUUCCGUCCGGAGUCAGGCCGCUCCGAAGAUGCUCCACGUUCAGGAUUUUGUUCGCCGCUCAAGCUCAUCAGGAAGAGCUCAAGUGUCCUUGAAGCCAAAGAUGGUGGUUGCAGAUAUGCCAAGUCCCUGCCCGGGUUCUGUGAUGGGGAUGCGCACGGCCGCAAGGUUUCUUCCGGCCCACUGUGGCUGGCAGAGAAAACGGUUGGAGGCACCGACAACAAAUUGUCCCUACAUUUUGGAAGUUCUUUCCAGGAUACAUCUUUGCUUCUGGAUUCAUGAAGUCAGGGAGGUAAAUGUCUGCCGUCGGAGGAGCUGUCACCCCCGAAGCGGUAGGUGAUGGAGGAAGUGGUUUUGGGUACCACUUUGAGCAAUCGUUGGCCCUUUUCUACAUGCCAAGGAAGGGCACCCGGGCCAGAUUCCAGGGCUGGCCCAGGACGUUUUGCCACCUGGUUCAAAGGAACGGUGCCUUCUGGCGAGCCAGACUGUUGCUCCGUCUGGCUCAGUAUUGUCUACACUGGCUGGCAGCAGCUCUCCAGGGUUUCAGACAGGGAGUCUCUCCUAGCCUAGGGAAGCAAAGGACUGGGCCAGGGGGCUUUUGUACGCAAAGCUGAGCCACGGGACAAGGUGCCGUUUCAUGUCUUCCCUGAUUUCACGCCAAGGAACUGAUCUGUCUGGCAACUCUUUCCUGGUUGAAGGACAGAAGACAGGUAGGCCUCUGGGGAUUUGGUGCUGUUUCCUGCCCACCAGGAAACUCACCCCCAAGGCAGCCACCUAACCCUACCUUAUGGCUGGGCCGGUGCAGUCAGAGUCCUGUGAUGUAUUGGAACGAGAGGGGUGCAAAACUGCCUUUUAGCUGAGCCAGACUGUAGGUCCCAGAAUUGUCCUUCUCACCACCCUACCAUGGGAAAGGCUUCGGACUGAACAACAGGAGCUCCCCCAAGGCCGAGUCCAGCAUCCUGUUCUGUCAAAGGCCAGCCAACUGUGCCAAUGGGAAGCCCGAAAAAGGACCUGGGCACAACAGCAAACUUCCUCCAUCACAGAAAGCAUGUGUGCGGUCCCUGAGUCGUGGGUGCAACGCACAAGGCUGUGCCACUGGUCUUGCGCAGGAAUAAACAUGGCCCCAAUCUGGCUGGGGGCAACAGAGAUUUGGCCUUUCGAAAGCGAGGGGCUUUGUUACCCCCAGUCCAUUCUGUGCAUCAAAAGAGGAAAGGGAGGACUCUUUCUGCAAUGUAAACAAGUCUCCAAUUUGUUGCCUCCAACGGGGAACUUUGCUGCUCUGGGAUGUUACGAAACCCAGCGUUACUCUGUCUUUUUUUUUUUCUCCUGCCGCAGAACAACAGAACUGAUAUUUACUUUUUUCUUCUAAAGUUCACAGCGUCAGACUAUUUUUUUGCUGUUAGCUGCUUUCUCUGCUUGCUUGGGUGAAAGGUGUCCCUGUGUCUCAGAUGUCGUCCACGUAGGAGACGGUGAUGAAUCUAGAAGUUAUGGGGAGGCAAAACCCCUAGAUUGGUGAUUCCGGCCAAGGAAGGCUCUGCCAAAGAGCCGUUAAGAUUCGUUCAUGUUCAUUUCCCCAACAUUCCUGCCCCCCAGGCAGAUUUUUCGGCCUGAGGAGAGAGGGAAUAGUUUGCAAAAUAGCAACCUUACCCCCUUCCCGCCCAGGGGAAAAAGAAAAGAUAUCCAGGUGUCCCACAAGUUUAAAUUUAUUGCACUUCUCCUCCGUGAGUGUAUGCUGCCUGGACACAUUUUCCUUAUAUAUUUCCGCAAACGAAAGGGACUAGCAACUUUGGGUUUUUUGCUUAAAUUAAAGCUGCCAAUUCAGGAGAGGGCCUAAUGGAGCUUAAGAGGUUGUUUUGAGUAUGCCUGGCAUAACUUCUUCUUUCGCUUCUCUUUUUGGUGUGCCCUGGGCAGAUGGCAUUGUGGCUGCUUAACUCUCCCACCCCACCCUGAAAUUAUGUUUUGCAAUAAGGAGCGACCCCUCCCUUUCUUUUUCUGCCUGCUCCCUGCAAACAGUGCCUUGCUUGUUUUCCGAACCUGAACCUUCCCUGGGCGAACAGCCCGGAAAUCGCUGCUUUUUAAGCAACCGGCGUGAUGUUCGGGUACCAGCUCAGCAAAGCGUCUGGUCCAAUGCCACCAAGGUAAACAGAUUUCUCAUAACCCUGUGCCUAGCAAAAAAACUUCAAAGGCCAGUGAGUGCCAGCCCUAGGAAACUGCUGCCCUCAGCAAGUUCGAUGCUACUCAAUUUGGACUCUGUCUGAAUCAAGGUUUUCUUUCCACAUAAAUGCACUACAUGCGUUGAAUCAGCAGGGGAAAGCUAGGACGAUGGCACGGCUGCCAAUUUGUUCCUGUCUUAACCACUGCUGUGCGUAGCUUGUGUACAUUUGUGUAGACACAUGGCAGUAUUGUGCCACUUGAGCUUCAGGGCCUUUGGACCCCACACUUGUUUACAAAUUCUCUCUACUGCUGGUGCAUGAGGAGCUGUAUCCAAUAUAUGAAAAUAGCAAGCUCCUUCUCUUAAGUGUGGGUCUGUAAAUAGGCACUCAGAAGUGCAAAGCAUUAGCAAGCUUGCAGGAGCCCCAGGGUUUGUAGAAAUCUGAAAAUUAUAUGGGGGGGACUGACCCCAAGGGUGUGAAAUCCCCAAAUACAACAAGGGUGUUCUCACGCUACACUGACUGAUAACCGCCCUUUCUGGGCUCCACAAAGGGCUUGGUAUAUUCAAUAGGCAUGGCAUGCUAACUGUUGAGAGGGUCAGGUGGAGGGGGGGGAACAAGGCGAAGGAACGUAAUGGAGUAUUUGUAAAAGGGCAUGGCCGGCACGCACUGAACAUGAGCCCACUCCACCUUGCAACAUUGCUUUUGCAUGGCCCUGCCAUCUGCAUCAUCUGCCAAUUUAGGCAUCUGCUGAUGUUAAGUUUUAAUCCGAAAAAGCUCGGGCCACCAUAAAACUGUUUCUACUUUUAAAGGGCUGCAAAAGUCUCCAUUUUGAAGGUUAAUUUUAUUCCCGCCUGCUGCUUUGGUAGCCCCUCAGGCCGCAAAGACAUUUAUAAAUGUGUUAAAUGGAUUCCAUCAAUAAAAUUAACAGGCUAGCAUAACAGCCUCCCAGGGGAAAAUGAAAGGAAAGACGUUUUUUUAAGGCUUAGCUUAUUGAUUUUCAGAACGAGUGACUUUUUGAGACACUCCGGGAAUAUUUGAGCUGCACCCUUGCCGUUGCGCGUUGAUUUCUUGAUGCCCCGCUCCCUGCACAGAAGUGGUACGGUCACCCUUCUAAAUCAGGACUCUGCCAAUUCAUCCUGCCACCGCAGGAAGAGAGCGAGGCCGCAGUGCAGAAGGGAAAGGGGUGUUUGGUGACGAUAACGCUUGCAGUCUAGGAGCGUUUCCGGGUAGUCUAAGAAACCAAAAACACUCUGCAGUUUUGAAACCGGCGGUGAAAAUCAGGGCCAUUUUGAAAUUGGUGGCUAAAAUCAGGAUCCAUUUCAAUGGCUCAGUUGGCCAUCAAACUGGUGUCCAGAAUUCUAUCCAAACAUGGGGGGGGUUGCACCUUGAUUUCGGGAACCGUUGUGCCAAAUACGGUUAUGAUAUCUUGGGUGGUGUCUCAUAAAGAAGCCACGUUCCAAAAUUAUA